AUGUCUGCUCCAGUUGCUUCUUUUGCUCCUGCUGUUUCUACUCCUGCUAAUGCUAUAAUAAUGUCGGAAGAUUUCCAAUCUGAUGAUAUUUUUAUGGCUGAUUCAUCUAAUACCGUUGCCAAUAAAGAUACUAGAUCUAAUCCCUUAGAUUUAGUUGAUGACAAUGUGUUAACAACUACUACCGAUACUUCAAUCAAUUAUGGUUUAAAGUCUGAGACUUUAAAUCCAUUUAUUGAAAUUCACUCUUCUGUUUUAGAUUCCGUUUUCAGUUCUGUUAUGGACGAUAAUGGUUUAGGAGGUGAAGGAAGUAACAAUGUCGAUUCUACUCCUAUGUUUGAUGAAUUAGAUUUCAUCGUUGACGGUGCUAAAGUCAACCUGAAGGAUGAUUGGAUCUCGUUGUUUGGUGAGGUUUCUCAACCUUCCCAUAAUGAACAAGAACCAAUUAUUUCUUUUGAUGAUAUUAAAGAAGAUGAUGAAGAAAUUGAAAAUGAAGUUGUUGGUGAUUUAUUUGAUUUACCUGCCGGUGAUAAUGUCAACACUACUCAUCAAGGUGGUGAUGAUGUUUCAUCUAUUACUAGUGCUGUUAUCUCUGCUGCUCAUUCUAGAAAGAAGAGAUUAUACAGUGAAGUUGAAGAAUCAUUUGAAUUCACUCCUUACCAAAAGAAGGAACAACAACAACAACAAUCACAAUUGAUUACUCCAAAUGUUUCUUCAAGUUUACCAACUCCAUUAAUUGAUUCAACCAGUCAUAAUAAAAAGGUUGAUCAUUUAGGUUGUGUAACUUAUUCCAAGAAACAAAGAUCUCAACCAUUAUUACCAAUUGAAAUCCCAACCUCUGAAGAUCCUAUUGCACAAAAGAGAGCUAAGAAUACCGAAGCUGCUCGUCGUUCAAGGGCUCGUAAGAUGGAACGUAUGAAUCAAUUGGAAGAUAAAGUUGAAGGUUUAUUAGAAGAUAAAUUAAGAUUAGAACAAGAGGUUUUAAGAUUACGUGAAAUCUUAUUAACCAACGGUAUACUGUCUUAA